AUGGAUGAGCAUAAAAAGAGGCCAUUGGACAAUCCCAAUUCGGUAGACAUUGAAAGUACAAAAAAAUCCAGGGGUGCAGAUGUGACCGAUAGAUCAUUCAAAGCAGUGAUAGUCAAGAAUCUACCUCGAAGUUAUAAUAAUGGGAAAAUUAAAAAGAUAUUUCAAGAUUGUGGAAGUAUGCAGAACAUAGAAACUUGUGAUUCUAUUGAUCAUGCAUCAAGGUUUGCUAGGUUGGAAUUUUCUUCCCAUAAUGAAGCAUUAGCGGCCUUGACGAAGACAUACAAAAAAAUUGGUUCUAAUGAAAUUGAGGUUAAAUUAUUACAAGAUAGCACAUUAUGGAUGACAAAUUUUCCACCAAACUAUUCAAAUAAAAACAUACGAAACUUGUUAUUGAAUAUUGGGAUUGCAGCAAUUAGUAUACGACUACCAUCCCAUAGAUAUAAUUCAAAUAGACGGUUUUGCUACAUUGAUGUAUAUUCAAAGGAAGAAUGUGAAACAGCAGCAGAAAAACUGAAUGGAAUCGAACUUGGUCAUUACAAAUUAGUUGUAAAGAUAUCAAACCCAGCUGAAAAGGAAAAACGUUCCGAUGCAGGCCUAUUGGAAAGAAGAGAACUGUUCGUCAGAAACUUAAAUCCAUCAUCCCUUGAGAAAGAUCAUCUACAGAGUAUUUUUGGUAAAUUUGGUACGAUAGAACAUAUAACAAUCCCCAAAUCGUCUUCUGAUAUCAAUAAUGGAUGUGCAUUUAUUACAUUUCUUAAUAAGGAGGAUACAGACAAUGCACUUUCUCUUAACAAAACAGAGAUAGAUGAAAGAAUAAUAUCAGUUCAGUUAGCAGAUAAUAAAGCCUAUUUGGAGAGAAAAGAGUUACUCAACAUAUUAAAUUCAAGAAACCAGAGAAAGAAAGAAUUCUUUGUGUCGAUAUAUCCUAUAUCAGAUAAAAUAUCAAAGGAACAUAUUUUAGCAUAUAUAUCAGAGAACUUGAAGAUAAAUUCUGGUGAAGUAACUAAGAUAUUUUUGGCAAACGAUCUUAAUGGUGCGUUGGUUCAUUUUAGUGACAGACACAUUGCAGCUAAAUGUUGUGUGAAAUUAGAUAAGACCAAGUUUAUGAAUAAAAUGAUACAUGUUGGAACAAUAUCUGAUUUGAAAUCGUAUAAAAUUGAUACAUCCCAAAGAGAAAGUAAUCAUACGAUAUCUAGCCAUAAAGAUUUAAAUAUUUUGUUAAAACAGAAUGAACCAAAGGAUAACACACAGGAAUAUUCACCUUCGUCGACAUCAAAACCGGAAAUGACUAAUGAUGAUUUUAGAAAAAUGUUCGUUGGUAAUUAA